CUCUCCAACAUGGCGGCGCUGUGGGGCCGGGGCGUCUCUUCCUGACUAGGCGGCGCGCACGGACGCGGCCGGUGCCGGCCCGGGAGGCCGGGCCCACGGUCUCUGUCGCCCGCUAGCUCGCGCCGCCAGCCUGCGGGGCUGCCAGCCUCUGCCGGGCCGGGGCCAUGCAGGAGAGCCAGACCAAGAGCAUGUUCGUGUCCCGGGCCCUGGAGAAGAUUCUAGCCGACAAGGAGGUGAAGCGGCCCCAGCACUCCCAGCUGCGCAGGGCCUGCCAGGUGGCGCUCGAUGAAAUUAAAGCAGAACUAGAAAAGCAGAGGCUGGGCACUGCAGCACCACCAAAGGCAAAUUUCAUUGAAGCUGACAAGUAUUUCCUUCCAUUCGAGCUUGCCUGCCAGUCCAAGUCCCCCCGUGUGGUCAGCACGUCCCUCGACUGCUUGCAGAAACUCAUAGCAUAUGGACACAUCACAGGCAAUGCUCCUGACAGCGGAGCCCUGGGGAAGCGACUAAUCGACAGAAUUGUGGAAACCAUUUGCAAUUGUUUUCAGGGCCCACAGACAGAUGAAGGUGUUCAGUUACAAAUUAUUAAGGCUCUUCUGACUGCAGUGACUUCCCCACACAUUGAAAUUCACGAGGGUACUAUCCUGCAGACAGUGAGGACAUGUUAUAAUAUCUACCUGGCCAGCAAAAACCUCAUCAAUCAGACGACCGCCAAGGCCACGCUUACCCAGAUGCUGAAUGUCAUCUUUACCCGCAUGGAAAACCAAGUGUUACAAGAGGCCAGAGAAUUGGAAAAACCAAUCCAUUCAAAACCCCAGUCUCCUGUGAUUCAGGCUGCAACAGUGUCCUCAAAGCUCAGUCGUUUGAAACAGAGCCUGGCACAGAGCAAACCAACAACUCCAGAAAAAACAGAUCUACCCAAUGGUGAACACGCCAUGAGUGAUCCUGGAAAAGAGAGCUCAGAAAACGGAGACAUACCCAGAGAAAGAGGCUCGUCACUCUCAGGGUCUGAUGAUGGAGCCCAGGAAGUGGUGAAGGACAUUUUAGAAGAUGUGGUCACAUCUGCUGUUCAAGGAAGCUCAGAAGCAGCAGAAAAGCACAGUGUGACGGAUCCCAGCAGGCUCCUAGGUGGACUAGAGUGCCAGGAGUGUGCUGUUCCCCCAGGAGUUGAUGAAAACUCACAAACCAAUGGCAUAGCAGAUGAUAGGCAAUCCUUGUCCUCCGCAGAUAAUCUGGAAUCGGAUGCACAAGGACAUCAAGUGGCUGCUAGAUUCUCCCACAUUCUACAGAAGGAUGCCUUCCUGGUAUUCCGCUCCCUGUGCAAGCUGUCUAUGAAGCCCCUUGGGGAAGGCCCCCCAGAUCCAAAAUCCCACGAGCUGCGUUCCAAGGUGGUCUCCCUGCAGUUGCUUCUGUCCGUGUUGCAGAAUGCUGGCCCAGUCUUCAGGACUCAUGAGAUGUUCAUCAAUGCAAUCAAGCAAUAUCUCUGUGUGGCCUUGUCCAAAAACGGCGUCUCUUCAGUGCCUGAUGUCUUUGAGCUCUCUCUUGCUAUUUUCCUUACUCUUCUUUCAAACUUUAAAAUGCACUUGAAAAUGCAGAUAGAGGUGUUUUUCAAAGAGAUUUUCCUGAACAUUUUAGAAACAUCCACAAGUUCUUUUGAGCACAGGUGGAUGGUCAUUCAGACGCUGACCAGGAUCUGUGCAGAUGCCCAGUGCGUUGUGGAUAUUUAUGUCAAUUAUGACUGUGAUUUAAAUGCUGCUAACAUUUUCGAGCGCCUAGUAAAUGAUUUAUCCAAAAUCGCUCAGGGAAGAAGUGGACAUGAGCUGGGAAUGACACCUCUUCAGGAGCUAAGUCUGAGGAAGAAAGGCUUGGAGUGCCUCGUGUCCAUUCUCAAGUGCAUGGUGGAAUGGAGCAAGGACCUGUAUGUGAAUCCUAACCACCAGACCAGCCUUGGUCAGGAGAGGCUCAUGGAUCAGGAAAUGGGAGAUGGGAAAGGGCUUGACAUGGCACGACGGAGCAGUGUGACGUCCAUGGAGUCAACAGUGUCCUCGGGGACCCAGACAGCCAUUCAGGAUGAUCCAGAGCAAUUUGAGGUCAUCAAACAACAAAAGGAAAUCAUCGAACAUGGCAUUGAGCUCUUCAAUAAGAAACCCAAGCGGGGGAUCCAGUUUCUCCAAGAGCAAGGCAUGCUGGGAACAUCAGUUGAAGACAUUGCACAGUUCCUGCACCAGGAGGAGCGCCUCGAUUCUACCCAAGUAGGCGAUUUCCUGGGAGACAGCACGAGGUUCAACAAGGAGGUGAUGUAUGCCUACGUGGACCAACUGGACUUCUGUGAGAAGGAAUUUGUCUCAGCCUUGCGAGCAUUCCUGGAAGGUUUCCGCCUCCCUGGGGAAGCCCAGAAAAUUGACCGCUUAAUGGAGAAGUUCGCUGCAAGAUACAUAGAGUGCAACCAAGGGCAAACUCUGUUUGCUAGUGCUGACACUGCGUAUGUCCUGGCAUAUUCCAUCAUUAUGCUCACUACAGACUUGCACAGUCCUCAGGUAAAAAAUAAAAUGACGAAAGAGCAGUAUAUUAAAAUGAAUCGGGGAAUCAAUGAUAGUAAAGAUCUACCAGAGGAAUAUCUCUCCAGCAUCUAUGAAGAGAUAGAAGGCAAGAAAAUUGCAAUGAAAGAAACAAAAGAACAUACGAUUGCCACCAAGUCUACUAAGCAGAGUGUGGCUAGUGAAAAGCAGCGGCGGCUGCUGUACAAUUUAGAGAUGGAGCAGAUGGCUAAAACAGCCAAAGCGCUGAUGGAAGCUGUGAGUCACGCCAAAGCGCCUUUUACGAGUGCCACUCAUUUGGAUCAUGUCCGGCCGAUGUUCAAAUUGGUGUGGACGCCACUGUUGGCAGCAUAUAGCAUUGGACUGCAGAACUGUGACGACACUGAAGUGGCAUCCCUGUGUUUGGAGGGCAUCCGCUGUGCCAUCCGAAUCGCCUGCAUCUUUGGAAUGCAGCUGGAACGAGAUGCCUAUGUUCAGGCUCUUGCUCGCUUCUCCCUGCUGACAGCCAGCUCCAGUAUCACAGAAAUGAAGCAGAAAAACAUUGACACCAUAAAGACACUUAUUACUGUGGCUCACACUGAUGGCAACUAUCUUGGGAACUCCUGGCAUGAGAUCUUGAAAUGCAUCAGCCAGCUGGAGCUCGCUCAGUUGAUAGGGACUGGGGUGAAGACGCGCUACCUCUCUGGGUCUGGCCGUGAAAGGGAAGGGAGCCUGAAGGGCCACACACUGGCAGGAGAAGAGUUCAUGGGCCUGGGCCUUGGUAAUCUGGUGAGUGGUGGAGUGGACAAAAGGCAGAUGGCCAGCUUCCAGGAGUCAGUGGGUGAGACCAGCUCCCAGAGCGUGGUUGUUGCUGUGGACAGGAUUUUUACUGGGUCUACCAGGCUGGAUGGAAAUGCAAUAGUUGACUUUGUCCGCUGGCUGUGUGCUGUUUCCAUGGAUGAACUGGCUUCUCCCCACCAUCCUCGCAUGUUCAGCCUGCAGAAGAUCGUGGAAAUAUCAUACUACAACAUGAAUCGGAUCCGAUUGCAAUGGUCCCGCAUAUGGCAUGUGAUUGGAGAUCACUUCAAUAAGGUUGGCUGCAACCCCAAUGAAGACGUGGCUAUCUUUGCUGUUGACUCACUACGACAGCUCUCCAUGAAGUUUCUGGAGAAGGGUGAAUUAGCCAAUUUCCGUUUCCAGAAAGAUUUCCUGAGGCCUUUUGAGCAUAUUAUGAAGAAAAAUAGGUCUCCAACCAUCCGGGACAUGGUGAUCCGCUGCAUUGCCCAGAUGGUGAAUUCCCAGGCAGCUAACAUCCGCUCAGGCUGGAAGAACAUCUUUGCUGUGUUCCACCAGGCAGCCUCUGAUCAUGAUGGAAACAUCGUGGAGCUGGCCUUCCAGAGCACAGGCCACAUUGUUACAAGUAUCUUCCAGCACCAUUUCCCUGCAGCCAUCGAUUCCUUUCAGGAUGCUGUGAGGUGUUUAUCAGAGUUUGCCUGCAAUGCUGCUUUCCCGGACACCAGCAUGGAGGCCAUCCGGCUCAUCCGCUUCUGUGGGAAAUACGUCUCUGAGAGGCCUCGGGUGCUACAAGAAUACACCAGUGAUGAUAUGAAUGUAGCUCCUGGCGACAGAGUCUGGGUCCGAGGCUGGUUCCCCAUCCUAUUUGAGCUGUCUCGCAUCAUUAACAGAUGCAAGUUAGAUGUACGGACAAGAGGACUCACGGUAAUGUUUGAAAUCAUGAAGAGCUAUGGCCAUACCUUUGAAAAGCACUGGUGGCAGGACCUGUUCAGAAUUGUGUUUCGGAUUUUUGACAAUAUGAAGCUUCCUGAACAACAGUCAGAGAAGUCUGAGUGGAUGACCACAACCUGCAACCAUGCACUUUAUGCCAUUUGUGAUGUUUUUACCCAGUUUUAUGAAGCUUUGAAUGAAGUGCUUCUUUCUGAUGUAUUUGCACAGUUGCAGUGGUGUGUUAAGCAAGAUAAUGAACAGUUGGCUCGAUCAGGUACAAAUUGCCUAGAAAAUUUAGUAAUAUCCAAUGGAGAGAAAUUCAGUCCCGAUGUCUGGGGUGAAACGUGCAACUGUAUGUUGGAUAUUUUCAAAACCACCAUCCCACAUGUUUUGCUGACAUGGAGACCUGUGGGAAUGGAGGAAGAGUCAUCGGAAAAACAUUUGGAUGUGGACCUGGACCGCCAAUCUCUAAGCAGCAUAGAUAAAAAUGCCUCAGAGAGGGGCCAGAGCCAGCUCUCUAACCCGACCGAUGACAGCUGGAAGGGUAGACCAUAUGCAAAUCAGAAACUGUUUGCCAGUCUCCUCAUCAAGUGUGUGGUCCAGCUGGAAUUGAUACAAACCAUUGACAACAUCGUGUUCUACCCUGCAACAAGCAAAAAGGAAGAUGCAGAACACAUGGUUGCUGCCCAGCAAGACACCUUGGAUGCAGAUAUCCACAUCGAGACAGAGGCCCAGGGCAUGUAUAAGUACAUGUCUUCACAGCACCUCUUUAAGCUGCUGGACUGUUUGCAGGAAUCUCAUUCAUUUUCAAAGGCCUUCAACUCCAAUUAUGAGCAGCGGACCGUCCUGUGGCGGGCAGGUUUUAAGGGCAAAUCUAAACCCAAUCUUCUCAAACAAGAAACCAGCAGCCUGGCCUGUUGUUUGAGGAUCCUGUUUCGUAUGUAUGUUGAUGAAAAUCGCAGAGAUUCCUGGGAUGAAAUACAGCAGCGACUUUUAACUGUGUGCAGUGAAGCUCUUGCCUAUUUCAUCACGGUGAAUUCUGAAAGCCAUCGGGAGGCCUGGACAAGUCUCUUGUUGUUACUUCUAACCAAAACCCUCAAAAUAAAUGAUGAAAAGUUCAAAGCACAUGCCUCAAUGUACUACCCCUACUUGUGUGAAAUUAUGCAGUUUGACCUGAUCCCUGAGCUCCGAGCAGUUCUACGCAAGUUCUUCUUACGGAUAGGUGUUGUAUAUAAGAUAUGGAUUCCAGAAGAGCCCACACAGGUACCAGCAACACUGUCACCAGCGUAGUAGCCUCAGAGGCACUGCUGUGGCCCUACAGAACAUUCAUCAUGCCAUUUUUGACUGCCCCAUUCACUUUACAGAAGCAAGGAGCUGCCUUUUAGGAUCUCAGAAUGUCCUAGAUAAGGUCAGUCUCUGCGCUGGCCCCAUGAAACAUCCCGACAACUGAGGCUUGUGGUAUUUCAUUAAACUGUUGCAUACCCAGCUGAUACAGGCGGGGAAUCUGUUUCACUGUCAUUCCAUUUUAUUGAUUCAACUGUCCAAUCUGUCAUUGCAAAUGCCAUCAUUUCUUAGCAAAAUCCCAUGAUUGGCUGUAAAUGUUUUGUCAGAGGAAGUCACUCCUUGAAAAUACUGAACAUAGAUGUAUAGGUUCAUGAUUAUUAGAGUAUGUUAAUAAAAUUUCUUGUAACGGCUGCCAUCUAAAGUAUGCCAGGUAUUUGUUGUUGAGUGUGUUGAAGAAAUUUGAGUGUUUUGUCUAUUAUGAGUCAGCCAUAGUUAGAUUAGUUUGGAGAAAGAGAAAAGAUCGUUUUUAUGUUUUGUUUUAUUAACGUCUGAGUGAUUUUUAAAAAAGUAUUUUACAAAAAGAUAUUAUUGAAGAUUUAAUUGAAAGCAGAAUUUAGUAAUUAAGUGUUAAGAGCUUACAAGGUUUAAAAAAUGUAGUGCCUCAUGGCACUCCCUGUUUUAGUAACCUGGGAAGAAGUCUAUAGGAAAAAGUAAACAAUUUCAUCAAGACGAUUAGCUUUCUUUAAAGUAUUUAUGGAUGGGUGUUCGAUUAAAAUUUCCAGAAAAAUUAUCCAUCUCACACUCUGAAAUAUAAUAUAUGAAGUAAUAAUGAAGUAGUAAUUACCUGGAGUUCAUUUAUCUUUGAGUAAACCAUUUUAUUUUUACCUCAGAAGAAUGAGUGUACUGAUAGUGUCGCUGCUUUGCACAGUCCCCAUUAAAGGGACCUCCAGAGGGAGGGACAGUAACUUCAUGAGAAGGGUUGCUCCCAAGGUCACCUCACCAAGUAUCAUGAUAGAAUAGAGCCACCGUGGGGCCAGCACAGCUGAACUGUGACAAUAACAGGAGGUGACAGGUACUCAGCACUAUUGUUAUUUGAACCAUGGAGCUCAAUUCUCUGUCAAGACAGAUCCUGGGGUCCUUAGGAUGUUCCUGGUGGUGCAAUAGAGGCAUUCUCAUGCAGCUCAUGGCAAAGCAGGCAGUAUAUGAGUACAGCAAUAUAUUUGAAAGUUAAUUUAUUGAGUCCAUGAGAAAGAGAACACACACUUCAUGCUUGGACCUCAUCCACUGCUCAGCUAGGGCAGCACCAAGUGUUAAAAAAAAAAAAAAAAAAAAAAAGUGUCACACAGAGUGAUGUAAACAUUCAAACUUCUACCUACACUCUAGUCCUGUAAAUUGGGUUGUGUUGAUGUCAACUCUGGUGCCUUAGAAGUCAGUAGUUUGGGAAUCUGUAAAAUCUGAUAUUUUUUCUUUCUGGAGAAGGCUUUCUGGUGCUUCUGCUUAUUACUAAGAGACUUAAUUUCUUAAGGGUUUUUUUUUGUUGUUGUUGUAAUUGUUAACAGUCUUGAGAAAUGUUUGAUUUGGGUCAGCAGUACGCUUAUCUACUUUUUUUGUUGCCCAAAAGUGUUUUAAUUUCUCUACCAAAGAAAAUCAGGUUUAGGUUUUUAGUUUAUUUGCAUACACUAUAUAAGAGGAGCUAUGUCAUUUAUCAGGAAAGGACCCUGGGAGAAUGCUUUGCCGUGAAUGGAAUGUAGACAUUUGAUUGACUUGUCCUGGAAUUGGUUACAUCUUUAUGCUGCACCCUAAAACCUACACCUAAGGCCUGCCCUGGCAUUGUCUUCUGUCACUGCCCUAACAAGCCCGUCAUCCUCACUGCAAUCUUUUUACCAAGUUUUAGUGGGGAGCAGGCAUGUUGGCUUGUUGAGUGCAUCCUGCAUGCAGCUGCACCCUGGGUUGGUGAUCUUGCCUUUCUCUCUGAUGUUUUCAUGCAGCAUUGCUCAUCAAAACUUGCCAGUGUCAGGGCUGAGGAUUUGCCUCAGCGGUGGAAUGCUUGUCUAGCAACUGGAAGCCCUGGGUUCAGUCCUUGGCACCAAAACAAAAAAUAAACCUCCCCUAAAAAAAAAAAAGUAAACUUUCUAGUAUCCUCCAGCCUUCUAAUUUUUGCCUGUUGCAGGAUAGGAAGUGUGUCAGUACAUUUUAUUGCUUGCUGAAACAGGCUUAAAUUUCUUAAUUUUGUCUUUUAAAAG